GUUUUAUUUGCCUGUGUGAGGCUGUCAACUGAGAUUGUUGCUGCUUAGUAGACAACCCAACACCAUUAUUACAACCCUCAGUGAAGCUUGUCCCAGGACAUAAUCCCAGUUGUUGGUAUUAAUUGUUUGGGAGGAGCUAGGAUGCUGGUGAAACCCCUGAGACUAUAAUAGGUAGGGCUGCAAGGGCUGGUUGGCUAUGAUCUACUUCUCCAUUUGGAUGCUGUUGUAUGAGAAGUGUGAGCUGACCUAUGGCGAAUCUAUGCAAGACACCCACCAAGACCGCUCACGGCCGUUCUUCCCUGCUUGGGGAUAUGUAGACACCGGUACAGAUUUCCCGUGGUCGCCACUCCAUGGAUGGUGGUUCCCGAAGGGUUUCCCUGAUGCGUAGGCAGGUCUCUGCCUCAUCCCUCCGCUCCGAGGGACAGGUUUGUGUAGCCGAACUCGCCAAGCCAAGGUGCGGUCGCUCAGAUUCUCUGGCCAAGCCAGACCCGUUAGUUGUAUCUCUGCUCCAGGCCCUCACAAAGGCAGGCAUCCCGCUUUCCGAGAUGGAAUUCUUUGAGAGUUUUCUGCAUCAGCUGGGGGCUCGACGCCCCGUCCCAUCCAUGGCCCAAAUCCACCGCACCUUUCUUCCAGCCUUGGCUCGACAUCACGAAUCAGCUCUUCGGCGCACCCUACGGCACCGCGAUGCGUUUGUUUUCCUACAUGAGGCAACGACCGGGGAUGGGCGUGCUGCCUUGGGUAUUUCUCUUCUGCCUCUUGACAGGGCUGGCAAGCCUCCAUUGCUCCUUGGGGUAGAGUUCCUGGAACAGCUGAGCCACGCUUUAGUGUCCCGUGCUGUGGCCCGUGUGCUUAGCGAGGGGCAUGUCCUAUUCCACCGGGUGCUGGCUGUGAUAACCUCCGGCAGUGCCCCUAUGAUACAGGCCUUUGCUGCCAAUGGGAUUUUGGGCACGGUGUUAUCAGCUGCCCUCCAUAUACCUUGCCUCUUGCAUCAACUGGAGCUGGUGAUGGAGCUGUGGCAAGAUCGGUUGGAAAGGCUGGCGACGCUGCUCCAUCUUCUAGAAGAGACGCUGGGCCGGCGGGCUAGCCUCCGUCACCGUUAUGAGCUCUUUUUGCACGAGCACGAGUCGGGGCUGACUCUGACUCUGCCCAAUGACCAAACCGGCCCUGAGGCUUGGCUGGAGAAAGCCGUGGGCAUUGCAGAACAUCUCCCUUUCCUGGUGGACUUUGUCGCCACGGAUGAAGAGGAGGGGUCCCUCAUGUCAAAGCUACAGACACUUCUAGGGGAAGGCAAUGAGGCGCUGGUGGCGGAAGCAAUAUUUGCAGCCGAACAUGCCCCAGCACUUCUAAAUAUGGCGCAAUUUCUCCGCCAGAGAGGUGAGCCGCUGGCCCAUCGGAUCUAUGGAGAGCUGGACUCUUUGCGCAUUUCUUUCUCCUACCACGUAGAUGCCGGGUUGGGCCCCAAAACAGAAAGGCAUUUAGCUUUGUGCCAACCUCCACUUGCCGAGCACUUCCGGGGGAUCCUGGCUCGUAGCCUCAACCGGCUGGAGCACUUGUUGGAGUCUCACCCCGCCGUGCCCACUUUGAGAGCAGUGCGGGCGCUCGAUCCCAAGCAGUUGGGUGCUGUGGGUUGGAGCCGUUCAGAGCACGAGCAGGGGAUCCCGGGGCUGGCAGAGGUGCCAGAGAUUGAGUGGUUCCGAUACCAGCACUUGGCCGAAGCGGCCCCUGCAGACGUCUCCCUGCCUCAGUGGUGGGAGGCGCAAGCGGAGCGGCUCCCCACCCUCGGCCCUCUUGCCCAACAAUUUCUUUGGCUGCCAGUCUGUUCUCCCAAGUCCCCCUUCCACCCUGGGGGCAUCCUCAACCUAACAGGGGCUGGAGAGGGAUUUACAGAGGAGUCUGUGCGCUUACUGUGCAUGAUACGGUACAACCGCAAUCUCUAUUAGUUGACAAAUUUCACUUCCACGUUUAAUAGUGCCCUUAUCCCACCCUGAAUGGUGUUAAGUGGUCUUCUGGCUUGCCUGCUGAUUCACUUCUGAAAUCCUAACCUUUACACCUGGACCCAUCUUAUCCCUUGAACACCUGGCUAGUGAGAAAUCACAAGCCAUACAGGAAGCAUUCUAAUAAAAUUCUAUGAUCUGCACCGGA